CUCGGGGACGGUCCUUUCCCUCGAGUUGAGAAAGAAGCCCCGCGGGUCGUCCGACCACUUUUAAGGGUGUCUACGGGGACUUGAAGUGUUUUGUUUUCGUCGACCGGCCGAAGGCGUUUUUUUGCGCCAUGCGGGCGCAUCGCCUAGUGAGCACACCUGCCCUGCGCCACGUUAAUAAUGGGCAGUGGAGCGGAGGAAAACCAUAUUGUUAGACUACCUGAGCGACACUGGGGGGGGGAGGCAGCCUCCGGGUUUAUGUUGCGGUCGCUGAGCCUGAUCAAUAAAAGUCUUUCUCCCCCUCUGUGUUGUCAAGAUGAGCUGCUGCAAGGCCCGAAACAGCCGCGUCACCCCUAUGGCCAGCAGCAACAUAAGAAGCAAGAUGGCUCCCUCCAAGCCUCCUCGAAUCAACGGGUGGUCAUGGCCACUUCAGGUGUUCCAAGUGGUCUGCUGGCUGGUCUUUACCUACAUGGCCGUAGCUGGAUUUGGUAUUUACAUUCCUCUUCUGCCUCGGUUGUGGAAGUAUAUUACCUAUGCUGUGAUCGGCACCACCUUUGUUGUACAUUUUGUCACCCAUCUAGCGGCGACGAGUGUGGAUCCAGCAGACGCCGUUGUCAGGGCCAAAACCAGCUACGUCAGUCCGAUGCCAAUAUUUGACAGGUCGAGUCAGCCACAUGUCAUCCAGGAUCUACACUGUUACCUCUGUGACGUCCAGGUCGGCCCCAAGGUCAAACACUGUGGCGUUUGCAACAAGUGUGUGGCAGACUUCGAUCACCACUGCAAAUGGCUGAACAACUGUAUCGGUGGACGCAACUACUGGUACUUCUUUUCAGCGUUAUUCUCUGCGACGCUCGGCACCCUCCUGCUUCUUCUGGUCCUUUUGUUCAUAUUCAUACAGCACUACCUGGAACCCGGCAGCCUGCGGACAGCCCCGCAGUUUGACGGUGUACUGGGAAAUGGCACCUGGCUAGUGUUCUUGCCGUUGGCAUCAAUACAGAUUAGCUCUGCUGGUCUCCUCGUGUUAGCCUUCAUAACCAUUAUGAUGUGCAUUACCUGUCUGCUGCUCUUGGGUCACCUGCUAUGCCUACACUUUUAUCUCUUGUACAGAGGCAUGAGCACGUUCGACUACAUAAAGGAGCAGCGGCAGAAAGAAGCCGCCAUGAAUCAAGACCGCAAAGCAAGACUAUCUCAAGUUGCAAGAAGCAGUAACAAGGCAAUGCAGAACUCGGGCAACACUAUAAACUGUGAGCCAGCGAUGCCACACAGUUCAAGUAUGUGCAAAUUUGACAAUGGAAGACCGAUGACCAGCCGCCUGCCGGAGUCCGCCUGCACUGAGUUGGACAACUUCGAGCACCCGGAAGAGAAGGAGAACGGCGGCUUUCAUUAUGAAAUAGAAAACCCCUCAGAGAGGAUAAAAAAUGAAACAGCCUUGAGUGACAUGAAAACCUCGAUGCCCAAAGCGGAGGAGAAGGAGGAGGAGGCUCAGAGUCCCGAGCGGAGCAGCGUGAGGUCUGUGGACGGUGUUCCUGGGGUGCAGAACCCACUGGGGAGCUCCGUCAUGGCCCCAGACGACGGUCCCCAGUAG